AUGGGAAAUACAACACUCCAUUUUACUGUCCUCUCUCCAGACAUGGGAAAUACAACGCUCCAUUUUACUGUCCUCUCUCCAGACAUGGGAAAUACAGCUCUCCAUUUUACUGUCCUCUCUCCAGACAUGGGAAAUACAGCUCUCCAUUUUACUGUCCUCUCUCCAGACAUGGGAAAUACAACACUCCAUUUUACUGUCCUCUCUCCAGACAUGGGAAAUACAACGCUCCAUUUUACUGUCCUCUCUCCAGACAUGGGAAAUACAGCUCUCCAUUUUACUGUCCUCUCUCCAGACAUGGGAAAUCUAGCGCUCCAUUUUACUGUCCUCUCUCCAGACAUGGGAAAUACAGUUCUCCAUUUUACUGUCCUCUCUCCAGACAUGGGAAAUACAGUUCUCCAUUUUACUGUCCUCUCUCCAGACAUGGGAAAUACAACACUCCAUUUUACUGUCCUCUCUCCAGACAUGGGAAAUACAACACUUAAUUUUACUGUCCUCUCCAGACAUGGGAAAUACAGUUCUCCAUUUUACUGUCCUCUCUCCAGACAUGGGAAAUACAGUUCUCCAUUUUACUGUCCUCUCUCCAGACAUGGGAAAUACAACACUCCAUUUUACUGUCCUCUCUCCAGACAUGGGAAAUACAGUUCUCCAUUUUACUGUCCUCUCUCCAGACAUGGGAAAGACAGCUCUCCAUUUUACUGUCCUCUCUCCAGACAUGGGAAAUACAGUUCUCCAUUUUACUGUCCUCUCUCCAGACAUGGGAAAUACAGUUCUCCAUUUUACUGUCCUCUCUCCAGACAUGGGAAAGACAGCUCUCCAUUUUACUGUCCUCUCUCCAGACAUGGGAAAUACAGCUCUCCAUUUUACUGUCCUCUCUCCAGACUACUUGCACCAACAACAACUCCAACUAUAAUCUAGGUACUACCAGAGCUAACUAACAGCCUCCUCCUUUUCAAACUGAGCUUUUCUCAUUUCUGUUCUAUGAUACCUUUCUUUUUCUAUACAUGUGUGAUUCUGAACAUGCUUAUGAAUAAACAUGAUGAGUGAAAACUGAGCACACCAGAGUGUAUGUAUGGGUGUGUUUAUUAAUGUGUGUGUGAGUGUUAAUGUGUAUGUGAGUGAUAAGGGGAGUGUGUGUGUGUGUGUGUGUGUGUGUGUGUGUGUGUGUGUGUGUGUGUGUGUGUGUGUGUGUGUGUGUGUGUGUGUGUGUGUGUGUGUGUGUGUGUGUGUGUGUGUGAGUGUUAAGGGGAGUGUGUGUGUGUGUGUGUGUGCGUGUGUGAGUGUGCAUGUACAGGUAACUGCCAAAAUAAUGGAAGCAAUUAAAUGAGGGAUAGAAAGUAUUUAGAAAGCAGGUCCCUCCACACAGGUGUGGUUCCUGAGUUAAUUAAGUAAUUAACAUCCCAUCAUGCUUAGGGCCAUGUAUUAAAAUGCUGGACAGACCAUUAUUUUGGCUUCCAUGGCUAUACCCCCUAUAGGAUGACAAGACCCCCAUCCACAGGACACGAGUGGUCACUGAAUGGUUUGAUGAGCAUGAAAAUGAUGUGAACCAUAUUCCAUGACCGUCUCAGUCACCAGAUCUCAACCCAAUUGAACACUUAUGGGAGAUUCUGGAGCGGAGCCUGAGAUGGCGUUUUCCAUCAACAAAACACCAAAUGAUGGAAUUUCACUUGUAGAAUCUAUGCCCUGGGUACGUUGAAGUGGUUCUGGCUCGUCCCAGCGCUCUAUGAAGACACUUUAUGUCGCCAUUUCCUUUAUUUUGGCAGUUACCUGUAUGACUGAUGAUGUUUCUGGGUGUGGUCUUCCUGUGAAGUUUAGCAGGAUAGGAGCUGGGUGCUCUAUAGUGGGCUGAGGGGGGAGUUAUAUGAGGAAGAGUAUCUUACCGAUGAAGCCUUGAUUUUCAGGUUGAGGGGAACAUGGUAAACAUUAUGUACAGGGUAACAGUAGAUAUAGAAGCAGCAGCCUGGGGUCUGUCCGUUUGCUUGGUGUAGUAGCAGACAGGGGCCACUAGUGGUUGGUCCUGGCACUGUUCUCACAGUGCGCUUUCUGGGCUGUCCGAGCCUGGCUGGGCUCAAAGCAUGGGAGCUCAGUGGCUGGAAUUGCAGAGACAGAUAUGGGUGUGGCCCUCCCUUGCCUCAGACUCCACCCACAGACGUAGAACAGAACCUCCCCCUUUGGGACUCCUCCCUCCAUGGCCGAAAUGGAAUCCUACUGGUCUCCUAUCAAAAGUAUCCUACUAUAUAGGGACUAGGGUUCCGUCCUCCUCUCUAAGACCAGCUGUUCCUCUGGCUUCUGUACUAGAAGACCCUUCAUGACCUCUGACCUCAUCAGUCAAGUUUAUGCCAUGUUAUCCUAGUCACGGACACCACUCUCCCAACAUAGACAGAUACGUGUCACAGCCAGCCACCUACCGACCUACACUACUGACAGGGAGAGAAAUGGCACACAGGUAUUGUCUGGUCGUCAAUCACAGGCUGUGUGCUUAUGUGUGCACUCUUAUGUGGCAGAAUGGGUCAGGGGUCAUCAAAGGUCAGGGUUUGUCAGAGGUCAAGCUGGCAUUCUCUCUGAAAGAGUCAGGUGCACAUUGUUGAAUGUUAUGAAUAGAGCAGUCAUGAUUCCUCAUUCUACAUGUAAGAGAGAUGUUUGUUGUUCUAUAUAAUAUAUUUCUGUCUGAAUCUCCGUUAGAGGUCUCUGUCCAUAUUGGGGAAGGCCCUACUCUCUACUGACAGUGUGUGUGUGUGUGGUCGGGGUGGGGACUUUGCACCUUAACAUUCAUAUUUAUAAUGUAUGGUGUCUUUCUAAUCUUGCUUAAAGGGAAAAAUUCACUCAAAACCAUUUUUUUGUAUUUUUUUCACUAGUCCACUCUUGAUACAGUCUCAAAAUGUUUUGCAUGUCAGCAUUCAAGAGUCACUUGCCACAUGAUCAAUGCGUUUUGCAGUGUAUUUUUCCUUUAAGUCUGUGUUGAUGCCAGUGGAAGGAAGGCCUGUGUAAUGUACUGAGAACAAAGAGGUCCUUCUGUAAGGCACUGGGUUGUAUAUAAGAAGCAUUAGAAUGAUGAUAAUGAUUAAGUUUUUAAUUUUGUAUUUCUACUGCUGUAACUUAACUAAAUAAUAAUGUUGCCUAUAAUAACAAUGUAUUAUUGUACUGUGUUACAGAUUAAUGAUGACCUACAUACACUACCAGUCAACAGUUUGGACACCUACUUAUUCCAGGGUUUUUCUUUGUUUUACUAUUUUCUACAUUGUAGAAUAAUAGUGAAGAGAUCAACACUAUGAAAUAACACAUAUGGAAUCAUGUAGUAACCAAAAAAGUGUUAAACAAAUCAAAAUAUAUUUGAGAUUUGAGAUUCUUCAAAGUAGCCACCCUUUACCUUGAUGACAGCUUUGCACACUCUUGGCAUUCUCUCAACCAGCUUCACCUGGAAAGCUUUUCCAACAGUCUUAAAGGAGUUCCCACAUAUUUCUAGAAAAUAGUAAAACUAAAGAAGAACCCUGGAAUGAGUAGGUGUGUCCAAACCUUUGACUGGUACUGUAUGUUCUUUUGCUCAAAAGCUUUCCGUCUUAAAUGUCAGACAAACUGCUGUCUCAUCCAUUACGUGACAAAAUGUACCUUCAUUCAUCCAACAUUUCUGAACGUGUGGAACAUUGUAGAGUAUACUUAAUGCAUUUUAAUAUAAAGCUGUGAACUCAGA